GGGACGCCGUCGGGGCUGGCUGUGUCCUGCUGCGCUGAGGGCGUGAGGCUGAGAGGGGCGCAGGCGGCCGGGCUGCGCCGGAGAGCAGCUCCAUGGCGAAGGAGGAGUGCAAGGCACUACUGGACGCGCUCAAUAAGGCGACUGCAUGCUACCACCACCUGGUGCUGACCAUCGGCGGCUCCGCGGACUCGCAGAACCUGCGAGAGGAGCUGCAGAAGACGCGCCAGAAGGCGCAAGAGCUGGCGGUGGCCAUCUGCGCCCGACUCACAGUUCCGCUGCGUAACCGGGACCUGGGCGCUGAGGAACGCGCCGAGUUCGAGCGCCUCUGGGUGGCCUUCUCCGGCUGCCUGGACCUGCUGGAAGCGGACAUGCGGCGUGCGCUGACUUUGAGCACCGAGUUCCCGCUGCAUGCGCCGCGGCGGCCGCUCGUGCGUACCGGGGUGGAAGGCGGCGCCGCGAGCGUAGCGGCGCGCGCUCUGAGCGCCCGCAGCCUGCGGCACGAGGCGGAGCGCGGCUUCGACGUGGAAGACCUUCACCAGCUGGAGCGAGAGAUCCUUCAAGUGGACGAGAUGAUCCAGGAUAUGGAAAUGAAGGUCAACGUGCCCCGCUGGACGGUGCAGGCCCGGCAGGCAGCAGGCGCCGAGCUUCUGGCCAGGCCCAGCGCCGGCGUCUCUUCGUUGUGCGGUGUGUCCGUAGAACAGCGCAUGGGGCCCUGCGACCUGAGCAAGGCCCUGGCCGCCACCAUCUUCAGCGCCGUGCUGCUGGCGGCUGUGGCCUUGGCCGUGUGUGUGGCGAAGCUGAGUUGACCCAUACGCGAACGACCUCCGCCGCCGCUACUCGCUACCCGGAGACACCCCUCGGAGAACAACUGCAACCGCC